UAAGUGGAGGGGCAGUUUCCUCUAGGCACCGGUCUGCCGUCUGGUAACACUGCACUGGUCUCGUUGUCGCGUAUGUGUUGCGGGAAAAGUCAGCACGUCAGAAAGAAAAUUUGGGUGCAAUUUCCAUCAGUAUUAACGGGUUCAUUUAGUCGAUUAAAGAUGCAAAUAUUACGACAACUGGACGUGCACCCGAAGGUGCGCGAAGAGGCGGACAUUCUCGUGCGAACUUUUACUGGUGCCCUCGUAACGAUCAUUAGCACGAUUAUCAUGGGCAUUUUGUUUCUAUCCGAAGUAAAUUAUUAUCUCACGCCUACCUUGAGCGAAGAAUUGUUUGUAGACACGUCGAGAGGCUCUAAAUUAAGAAUAAAUUUGGACGUGAUAGUUCCUACAAUGUCUUGUGAUCUUUUAUCGAUAGAUGCCAUAGACAUAACCGGUGAACAGCAUUUACAAAUAGAACAUAAUAUGUUUAAAAGACGUUUAGACUUAACCGGUAAACCUAUAGAAGAACCACAAAAAACCGAUAUUACUGAUACAAAAGCACUUAGUAAAUUGACAGAAAAGACAGCUGAAAGUACUACUGCCGAAAUAUGUGGGGAUUGUUAUGGGGCUGCUAGCGAAAAAAUCAAAUGUUGUAACACUUGCGAAGAUGUAAGGAAAGCGUACAAAGAAAAAAAGUGGGCGCCACCUUCUGAUCCAGAAUUGAUAUUACAAUGCAAGAAUGACAACUCCGUAGAGAAAAUGAAAACUGCCUUUACCCAAGGAUGCCAAAUCUAUGGUUACAUGGAGGUAAAUAGAGUAGGAGGAAGUUUUCAUAUUGCACCUGGCAAUAGUUUCUCUGUCGAUCACACACAUGUGCACGAUGUUCGACCGUACAAGAUGACACAAUUCAACAUGACCCACAAGAUACGCCACUUAAGUUUUGGGUUGAACAUUCCAGGAAAAACAAAUCCUAUGGAUGACACCACUGUAGUUGCAAUGGAAGGGGCGAUGACGUUUUACCAUUACAUAAAAAUCGUGCCUACAACCUACGUUCGCGCCGAUGGCUCGACAUUAUUAACGAAUCAGUUCUCUGUGACACGACACUCCAGACAGCUGUCGUCGUUCAGUGACGAGUCAGGAAUGCCUGGAAUAUUUUUCAGCUACGAGCUGAGCCCGCUGAUGGUUAAAUUCACGGAAAAAGCGAAGUCGUUCGGCCAUUUUGCGACGAACACAUGCGCGAUCAUCGGUGGCGUAUUCACAGUCGCCGGACUAAUCGAUUCGUUGUUGUAUCACUCGGUCAGGGCGAUACGGAAAAAGAUAGAAUUAGGAAAAUACAAUUGAAGUA